AGUGAGCAGGGAACGGCGAACACGAAGUUGUCCCACUGUCCGUUUUUCUUUUUCUUUUUUUUUUGUUUUCAGUUUUUGAUUCUUCGGGAUUCCUUUCUUCUUCCCUCCUCCACACAAAAAAUAAAAAUAAAAAUAAAUGAAAUUCUUCCAAAGUUUUCCUCCUCCACAACAAUUCCUUCUAGAUUUGUUUUUGUUUGUUUCUUUGAAAAGCCAAAUUCAAUGCCAAAACCCUACCAAUGGCUGUACGGCCCCCUCUCACUUUCUCUCCCCUUUUUACUUCCUAAUAAUAGAUUUUCUCUUCUAACUUGGAUGGACUCCGUUACUCCAUGGCUCUCCUCUCUUUCUCUCGCUCUUUCACUCUCCUUUCCUCGCCAUUUCACUUCUUUUCUCCUCGUUCAAUCCGCCGUCGCCGUUCCUUCGUUUGCUCGCUUUCUGCUGCUACCGAUGUCCGCUCUCGUUCCGCCGUUCUCUGGUUCAAACACGACCUCCGCCUCGACGAUCACCCCGCUCUCUCCGCCGCUGAAACGCACCGUUUUGUUCUCCCUCUCUAUGUCUUCGAUCGCCGCAUUCUCUCUCGUUAUUCUGAUGAUAUGCUCGAGCUACUUCUCUUCGCAUUGGAAGAUUUGAGAAAGUCUUUGAAGGAACAAGGCUCCAAUUUGAUGAUUCGAUACGGCUGCGCUGAAAAUGUCAUUAAAGAGCUUGUAAAAGAGGUGAAAGCUACGGAUGUUUUUAUCGAAGAAGAGGUAGAGUAUGAAAUGCGUCAGCUGAUUGGAGUUGUCAAGAAGACAUUGGAAACGUCUUCGUCUUUAGAUUGGAAUCUGGACAUUGUCAUGUGGAGAACUCCAUUCUAUGAUGUUAAGAAUCUGAAGGAGCUGCCUGCAUCAUAUAAUGACUUUAAAAAACAGAAGUUACUACCAACUUCGCCUCUUUUUCCGGUCACAUUACCUGUUGCAGAGACUGAGUUAGACUGGGGUCCUCUUCCUACUUUUAGCGAUCUUAAGGAAUUUAUCAAAGAGAAACUAGGAAAAUCGAAAGAGAGUUGGAAUUUGAUGAAAGAGAUGCCAGCUGAAGUCUUAUUGAAGGAGAAUUUGUCAAAAUCAUCUGGAACCAUACCAAAAAGUUUGAAUGACAAAAGCAUUGAGCAAAGGAGACUUGAUAAGUCUGUUUUUGUUACACGGAAAGGUGAUGUUGUGGGUGGUGGAACAAACACUCUGCUGAAUGCACUGGCUGCAUACCUGAGAUACUUGGAAGGAACAGCACGAGAUGACUGGCAAGAAGUACAUGAAAGGUUACGCAAUGCUGAAACUCGUGAAGGGGCCUCUUUUACUUCCCUUUUCGGUCCUGCUCUUUGUCUUGGCAUCAUAUCUAGAAGGAGAGUGCAUUAUGAAGCUAUCAAAUAUGAGAAAGAGCGAAAUGCUGGAUUCUUAUCUCCAUUUGGAUAUUCUGCAGCCAGUGUUGCUGCAGCCGCUGAUGCUGUGUGCUCCAUGGAGUGGUUUUGGCUUUUGGCUCUAAAAAGUCAAGUAAGUAAUGAAGGACUGUACUCUAUACGGAUUUGGAGGUGGCGUGGUCAUCUAAUUCAGUAUACAGUAGUUGGGCUCGAAGGUCCUGCUAUUCUACUUGUGCAUGGUUUUGGAGCCUUUUUGGAGCACUACCGUGACAAUAUAAAUGCCAUAGCUAAACAUGGGAACCAUGUUUGGGGCAUCACAGUGUUGGGAUUUGGCCAAUCAGAAAAGCCAAACGUUGUGUAUACUGAACUCCUAUGGGCUGAAAUGCUGAGAGAUUUUAUCAUUGAAGUUGUGGGCGAGCCUGUGCAUCUAGUGGGAAACUCAAUUGGUGGUUAUUUUGUCUCUAUUGUUGCUAGCCUCUGGCCUUCUUUGGUCAAGUCUGUCAUCCUUAUGAACACUGCUGGCAAUGUCAUUCCUGAAUUUUCUUCCCGCCGGUUUCCCAGUGAGAGGCAAACCUCAGCUGCUGCAAGGCUGGGUGCUCAACUCCUUUUAUUCUAUUUGAGAUUGAAUAUCAGGAACACACUUAAAAAUUUCUACCCCACUAAAACCAACCGAGCUGAUGAUUGGCUUAUUAAUGAAAUGCUGAGGGCAUCCUAUGAUCCUGGUGUGACAGUGGUGCUGGAAAGUAUUUUCAGCUUUGACCUCUCAAUCCCUUUGAAUUAUCUCUUGGAAGGAUACGAGGAAAAGGUUCUAAUUCUGCAGGGAAUGAAAGAUCCACUCUUAGACUCAAAGGCCAAACUAGCCAUGCUCAAAGAACAUUGUACCGGUCUUGCAAUAAGGGAAUUGGACGCUGGUCAUUGCCCCCAUGAUGAGCAGCCACAAAAGGUGAAUAGCAUCGUCUGUGAAUGGGUAGUAGCUGUUGAAAGAAAACUAACCGCAAACUCUUACUCGUAAGCACUUGGCAUUCCUUCCAAAAUAAGCCUCAUUUUCUAUUCUCAGAGCUCUGGUUCGUUAAAUCCAGCUUACAAAAUUGCUAAAUUUGAAAUUGAAGAAUCUUUUAUAGGCUAACAUCUUACCGAUUCAAUUUGAAGUUAACGGUAAUACAUAAAUCCUUGAAGCCGAUUUGAUUCAUUAUUUUAGAAUUUGUGAAUUCUGAUAGGCAAUUUGUGAUGUUUCACUAUAGUGCCAGUCAGUGACCAUGGCAAUGUCAUUGCCAUUUCUAUUUCUCUUUAGGGAUAAUGAUAGAAUGGCAUCUAAAGCUCAUGUUUAUAGUUCAUGUCAUAUGUUCUUUUGUAUUUUUGUGUCGUAAUCAUGCUUACAAUAUUAUACCCUUAGAUUUCAACACGUUAACAAUUCAUGUUAUAUAAAUUUCGAUAAGUUUGUAAA